GUGAGGCUAUAGUACGCCUCUGCUUCAAACAAGCGUGUUCAGAGAAGGUACUCGCAGCAUAAAAGACCGCGCACUUUCAGGAUUUGAACCAACGAACUGCCCUGCCGGUGAGGGACGGCUUCCUGCUCAGCGCGGCACGGCGGUUGGUGGGAUCGGCAUCAGGCGGGCGCCGCCGGAGUACAACAGAGGAAGGGUGCGGGUAGUUACCGGGGCGGGGCGUGGUGCUGAGCCGCUGAGGAGGUGACACGGAUUACCCAUGCCGCCAUGCGCCCAUUCAAGCCAGCCGCCGCCGCCGCCGCCGGCAGCAUCGCCUCGCGCCUCGCCGGCGCCUCCACGCCCCUGGACGCGCGUAUGGUCAAGACGGGCCUCGACCCACUCACCUGCCGCCACAACCUCCUCUUCAACUCCCUCAUCUCCUCCGGCCGCGUCGCCAGCGCCCGCGAGGUGUUCGACCAGAUGCCCGAGAAGACCGUCCGCUCCCUCAACCGCAUGCUUUGGGGAUACUUCAGGUCCGGCGACCUCGCCGCCGCCUGGGACCUGUUCGGCACCGCGACCCGCCGCAACGCCGUCACCUGGACCAUCAUGAUGGGCGUGGCCGCCACUGGGUGUGGCUCCAAUGCCGUGUCGGUCUUCCGCGACAUGCUCAGGGAGGGCGAGGCGCCCGACCAUGUCGCCAUCUCCACCGUGCUCAACAUGCCUGGAUGCGAUGUCGCGUCGCUCCACCCCUUCGUCACCAAGCUCGGACUUGACACCAGCUUCGUUGUAUGUAACACGCUGAUCGAUGCGUACUGCAAGCAAGGCUUCAUUGCUGCUGGCCGGAGAGUCUUCCUGGAGAUGCCAGAGAGGGACACGGUCUCGUACAAUGCUAUGAUGAUGGGGUGCUCCAAGGAGGGGCUGCACAGGGAGGCACUUGGGCUAUUUGCGGAGAUGCAACGUGAAGGCAUUGACACCAGCCAGUUCACGUUCUCGAGUAUGCUGACCGUGGCAACAGGUAUGGUUGAUCUCCACCUUGGACGUCAGAUUCACGGUCUUGUUGUGAGAGCCGGCUCAGCACACAAUGUCUUUGUCAACAACUCAUUGCUUGAUUUCUACUCGAAAUGCGACUGCCUUGGUGAUCUGGAGCAACUGUUUCUUGAGAUGCCAGAUCGGGACAAUGUUUCGUACAAUGUGAUGAUCUCAGCCUAUGCUUGGAACCGAUGUGCCGGCAUGGUUUUGCAAUUAUUCAGGGAGAUGCAGGCAAUUGGAUUUGACAGGCGGGCCUUACCAUAUGCUAGCUUACUGAGUGUAGCUGGGUCACUGCCUGACAUUGAGAUUGGGAAACAAAUACAUGCUCAAUUGGUACUCCUUGGCCUUGCUUCGGAGGAUCUUGUAGGGAAUGCCCUGAUUGACAUGUACUCAAAAUGCGGUAUGCUGGAUGCCGCAAAGACUAGUUUUGCAAACAAAAGUGAAAAAACUGCCAUCUCAUGGACCGCAUUGAUAACCGGUUGUGUCCAGAAUGGUCAGCAUGAGAAAGCACUGCAAUUAUUCUGUGAUAUGAGAAGAAUUGGUCUAAGGCCUGAUAGGGCAACUUGUUCUAGCAUCAUGAAGGCUUCCUCAAGCCUGGCAAUGAUUGGGCUAGGAAGGCAGCUGCAUUCUUACCUCACAAAAUCAGGCCACAUGUCCAGUGUGUUCUCAGGUAGUGCUCUUCUCGACAUGUACGCAAAAUGUGGCUGUUUGGAUGAAGCUGUCAGGACAUUUGAUGAGAUGCCUGAGAAGAAUUCCAUCACAUGGAACGCUGUAAUUUCAGCCUACGCACACUAUGGACAGGCAAAGAAUGCCAUCAGGAUGUUUGAAAGCAUGCUCCACUGUGGUCUUUAUCCAGAUUCAGUCACCUUCUUGAGUGUGAUAGCAGCCUGCGGUCACAAUGGUUUUGCGGAAGAAUGCAUGAAAUACUUCGACCUGAUGAAAUAUUACUACAGCAUGUCACCCUGGAUGGAACACUAUUCUUGUGUUAUUGAUACCUUGGGUCGGGCUGGCUAUUUUGAUAAAGUUCAGAAAGUGUUGGAUGAGAUGCCAUUUGAGGCUGGUCCAAUAAUAUGGAGCUCCAUUCUUCACUCGUGCAGGAUCCAUGGAAACAAGUGUUUAGCUAAAAUGGCUGCCGAAAAAUUGUUCAGUAUGACGCCCACAGAUGCGACACCCUAUGUUAUACUGUCCAACAUAUAUGCUAAAGCUGGUCACUGGGAAGAUGCUGCACGUGUGAAAAAGAUUAUGAGAGAUAGAGGAGUUAGGAAAGAGUCGGGUAACAGUUGGGUUGAAAUCAAGCAAAAGAUCUACAGCUUUUCUUCAAAUGAUCAAACCAACCCAAUGAUAGCUGAGAUGAAAGAAGAGCUUGAGAGGUUGUACAAAGAGAUGGAUAAACUAGGCUAUGAGCCUGACACUAGCUGUGCCUUGCAUCUGGUGGAUGAUGAGCUGAAGCUGGAGUCAUUGAAAUACCACAGCGAGAGAUUGGCCAUUGCGUUUGCCCUGAUUAACACCCCACCUGGGACACCAAUUAGGGUUAUGAAAAAUCUUAGUGCCUGCCAAGACUGCCAUGCUGCCAUCAAGAUGAUAUCUAAAAUUGUGAACAGAGACAUUAUUGUAAGGGACUCACGCAGAUUUCACCAUUUCAAGGAUGGUGUUUGCUCUUGUGGAGACUAUUGGUAGGAACUCGACCUGCCGCGUAGUUUGAUCAAACUAAUAAAAAUCCAUACUGAAUAUGCUGAAGCACAACCAAAGAUUUACAGGAGCACAUGUGGCAGGUGUUAGUCUCUUGGACCUAUGGCGAGCCCUUGAAGUGAAUCUGAGAUCCAUUUUGCCUUGUCAAAUAAGGCUUACUCUGCUUAACAGCUUAAGGUGUGAAAUUGCCCCUCAUUUAGUUCACAAAUUGCAAAUAAAGGGUUAAAAAAAGAAAGGUAUUUUUUUUGAAUGACAAGGAAAUUUCCACCCCGCUAUCUUUGGCAUCCGGACGAUUACCAUUGUGUGCUUUCCCAAAUUUGGCUAUGCAUAAUAAUUGAUGAAUCAGCACCUUUUGUGCAUAUUAUCUGAAGGCUUUAAUGGUUUGUACAGAACUGAAGACAUCCCUGAAUGUGAAAAUUGAGGCAUGAGUGCAUUGGCGUUCGGCCUAGCUGUGAUUGGCAUAAUCAAAAGGUUGUUAUCUGAAUUCGGCCUGGAUGCCUAACAGGAUGCAGCACCAGUGCUAAAACUGCUUGUUCUUUAAAACUGGAGAAAAAGAUCCGUGGUGCUGAUUGAAAGUAAAAAUAAAUAUGUGCAUAGUUCAGAG